UAGACGUGACACGUGUCCACGGAGUGUGAAACUCGCCGUUUAAACUUUUCCCUUCGCGACGGCAACGCGGUGACGUUUGCUCUUCUUCUCAAUCAUCUGAAACGGCCCCAAUUAUGGCUUUGUGUUUAAUUCAAUUGAUUCACUCGCCACAAUGAGGUCUUCAAUGCGUCUUUACAUCUGAGAGUCUGUUGAGAGCCGGUGUAGGAACUUCGUUGUAACAAGGCUCCUUCUCUGGGAAGGUCGCCGCAAUGUUAAGAAAGGUGGAGAGUUGAUGGAUGUCGAUCUGGUCAUGAUAAUGGAAAGGUUGUUAUGGUCUCUCGGUGAUACUGGACAUUAUAGAUCUCUGAUAUCAUUCAGGACUCGAGGGGUUUCCGAACCUUGCUAUUUUUGUUGUCCUUAUGAUACUUUGUCUCUUGCAUCUGUAUACAUCUGAGAAUGUCUCACGGGUUACUUUUUUUUGUUCAGUCAACUCUGCUCCAGGGGUCAAUCAGCGUGAAAGCAAAGACCUUAUCCUGACGGAGUUUUCCGCUUCUACAAUUACGACCAGCUCAUGUUUAUGGCCAGUCAGUCCUGAAUUCCUUGGCAGUGUCAGAACUUAAUUCAUAUGUUCUCAACUUCCAACCGCAGUACAGGUCUCGGAUACGUCUGACUCUGAUGUGUUCGUUCUUCUCAUGAAGACAUGGAAUUUUACAUCCAAUUUAUACCUCUCAAGGGUCACAAAACCUGAGGGUCUGUGUUAGGAAAGAGUGUGCUAGAAGAAGCUGUUGGAUUGGGAAAAAAAGAUAAAGGGAGAUAGAACCAGUGAAGAGAGUCAGUCAGUUCAAUGGAAUAGUUUUGUGGUGACAAAGCCAGGACAUGCUGCUCUCUUGACCAAAUUGUUAUACACAACAAAUGUAAGAUUCUGAUAAUUCUCAAUUACUAAUUUUUUUUGUCGUCAUGAAGAAUGCUUUUCAGGACUCCUCACAAUGACUUCGUUGGGAAGUGUCGUGUAACCCUCAAAUUAAUAUACUUUCCUAAUUGCAGAUCACAUGUGAGAACUGAUACAGAGAGAAAUGUAACACCAAUGCAUUUUUGGAGGCUCUCCUUCUGCACAUCUCAACCUUGGCGACUGGUUAAGAAGGAGAGGAUGUCGAGGAACCACAAGGCGGCGCCUGAGUAUGCAAAUUCUAAAACUGCGGUGUGGUGGGACAUGGACACGUGUCCGGUUCCAGAUGGUUAUGAUGCCGGUCGUGUCCGUCCGAGUAUAGAAGGGGCGUUGAAGGAGUUGGGAUACUAUGGUCCUGUAACCAUCACUGCCAUGGGAAACCUGAAGGAAGCACCUCCCCACCUCCUGCAAAGGCUCUCUUCCACUGGAAUCCUUGUUCAACACGCCAUCCCCGAUUGGGUAGCUACACUAAUCUUCAGUGAUGUGAUGGAAUUCAAAAGAAAUAAUCCACCACCAGCUACAAUAAUGCUCAUAUCCGAUAAGGUGGACAGGGAAUUGUCUUUCCGUCUUUGCCGGAAUCAACAAAUUCAAAGGGGAUACAACCUUGUUCGGGCACGUUCAUUUUGUGGGAAUCCGUCACGUCUGUACCAUACUGCUGAUUGGCGCUGGAAAACCAUACUGGAGGAGGCGGCAGAUUCAGUGUCUCAGGACACAACAACAAGUUCUGUUCUUCGGAAAUGCAGUUCGUCGGUCGAUUCCUCUGCCUUGUCGUCUUUUGUUUGCAGAGCAUGCAAAUUUACUGGCCUAAGCGUUGCAAGUUUCACCAGUCAUCUCUCCACUGAAGAACAUGAACCUUAUCCUCAUCUUCUUGUAUCAAAUACAUUUUUUUCAUUGUCUAACUAUUUCCUGUUUCUCUCAACAGAAGAUGGAGAAAUUUAGUGUGCCAGACUUCUUACCUUUCUUUACGACCAAGAUGAACGACCAAGCGGCGCCUGAGUAUGUGUAUUCUAAAACGAGAGGGGGGGUACCCUCAUAUAUUUAUAGUGGUUUGACGACUUCCACAUGGCUUGAUCAUCCACCACCAGCUACAAUAAUGGUCAUAUCUGAUGAAGUGGAAAAAUUCUCUCUCUUCCUUUCUCGGGCUCAACAAAGGAGUUACUACAACCUUGUUCUGGCACGUACAUAUACUCCUCAGAGUAUGUCACAACUGUACCAUACUGCAGAGUGGCUCUGGCAAACCCUACUGGCUAGGUCUCACGAGACAACAAGUUGUGUUCUUCGCAAGUGCACUGCUUCGGGUGCCUCUUCCUCCUCGUCGUUUCUUUGCAAAACAUGCCACUUUACUGCCCUAAGCGUUUCAGAUUUCUUCAGCCAUCUCUCCUCUGAAGAACAUAAACGAAAGGAGAUUCUUAUUAUCAAGCCUAUUCCCCACGACGACGAGGACAGUGACGAGGAAUCAAUGGCAAAG